AUGCUAAAUGAAAUCGCCCACCAAACAUCUAAUGUUCACAGUUGGGCAACUGGAUGCACAUCCAAAUCAGUACUACUUGAUCCAAUAGAAGAAGGUGGAAUUUCUUAUAGAUUUAUUGACACACCUGGUCUUUAUGAAAGGAAUGAAGGAACUAUCACUAGUGGACAAGCAAUUCUAGAUAUUCUUGACAUGAUACGUUCUUUACAAGGUGCUCUGCAUUUAUUAAUAUUUGUUACAAGAAUUGGGACACUUCAUCAAUCAACUAAAGACUGUUAUGAUUUAUUUGCUAAUCUGUUGUUUGAAAAUAGAAUUCCAGCGAUUUGUGUUAUUACUGGAUGUGAAAAUGAAGAUCCAAUGUCAGUAUGGGCUUCUAAGAACGAACAACUGUUUCAUGAAAACGGAAUGCGUUUCAAGAUCUUGAUAUCGACAUGUUUUGCUAAAGAUGGUCCUUUUGAAAUAGCAUAUAAACCAUUAAGAGAAGAAUCAACACGUAAUGUUUGGCAUGCUAUUCGACAAUACUCAUUACAACAACCUAUUACCGUCCUCAACAUGUCCGACGCAUAUCAACAGGUAAUAACUCAGUCUUGUCGUGCAUUACAUUUUGAUGACGUUUGUUCUGUCGGUCUUACAAAGCUAUUAUCCCGCGCUACAAGAACUGAAACGGACAAACAUAUGGAUCAUGUUUCUCCACAAUACUGA